AAGACGCAACUAUUCGAAUGUUCAUUUUGGUCACGGACUUCGUGAAAGACAUUCGCAAAAGAAACAAAAUGUUUGGUUUAGUGACUCUGUCCAUUGUUUUUAUGAUUUCGAAGACAACAGCCAAGUAUCAAGGGGUGUCACUUCAAGACGACCUCCCCCAGGUGCUGGAAGAUCCUUAUUUGGAUCUGGAUUAUGUUCCUCCGGUUCAAGAUAAUUAUCUUGCGAGAAACUUUAUUCUAUCCGGGGCAGAAUACUACUAUGAGUCCAGAAACGUAGAGUACGACGUGAUAAAAACUGCAAUUGAUGAAUCAGAUCGAUGCUUGGAAGUACUGCAAAACGAUGACAUCUAUGUUAGCAAGGGCGUUUUCGAAAGUCUCGUGUAUUGGGAUAAUUUUGGAGAAUUCAUUGAGUGGCAGUAUGUAAAAGCAAUGGUUAUAAAUGGAACAUGGGAUAUUGAAAGAGAUGAAGUCCCAUUGUGUAUGUUUGUUCCCAUCAGAUACAGAUAUUUUUGCGAGGAUAAUUGGUUCAGCUGGGAUUUUGAUAAAAUUCCAUCUCAAAGACAGACAAAUGCAGUUCUUGACAUCAUUUACGACGUUUGCUUUGAUUCUUACGACAGUCAAAAUGCUUUAGAUUCAUUGGAUGAACAGUUGAAUGAUAUGGGGAAAAACUUCGAUUUUGGUGAAAUUUACAAUUUUUUCGAGCUUUUGAUCAUAGAAGCAUACGACGAAAAUAUUGAAUCCAAACGCGAAAACACAAAUCAAGAGUAUUUCCAGUGGAUGUGCAUUGAUCCAGCCAUAUCGAAAGGCUUCGGCGAGAGAAAAGUCUCUGAUAACAUAAGAAGUUUUGCCGUCGAUAAAGGUGCAAAAGAAUGUGCUAAGCCCGAGUUUAUUCUUUACAACACGUUCUCACAGUCUGGUAGUGCGCCACAGCGGACAAGACCCCCGCAAAAUGCACCAGUACGCAGGAGAUCGAGCAGAACUGCACCUGGGACUUAAAUAAUAUAUACGCAGUUUAUUUAAUAUUUGCAAUCAAGUGUCACUGACUUCCAAGUGAAUGAUCUUAAUUGGGAAUGAAUUUUGAGUUAAUUGUAUGAAACAUUAAAUAUAAGUAGUAUAGUGAGUAGUAAAAAUAAAAAACAUUUGUAAUGUG